AUGAUUUUUCGAUCACGUGACCACAACAGGUUAUAUUUAAUGGCGGCCGCCGUUGCUCGCUGCUUUGUGGGGCUCUCCAGCAGGAAAGGAGUGGGUUGUUUCCUUCGAAGAGUUUCAUCUCUCGGAAGGUGGAGUCGCUCCAAAGAUCUCCUGUGUGAGCAACAUCGUAGCUUUUUCUGGCGGAAGUGGAAAAGUUCUCACAACGUGGUUCGGCCUGCUACUGUUCGGCCAGCCUACGCAGUACCUAAGCACAUCGUGCAGCCUGACUACGUCAGCACUGGGCUGGUCCCAGAAUGGCCAGACUACAUCGAGAUCAAGAACCAAGAGCAGAUCGAAGGCCUUGCUAGAGCAUGCCAACUUGCCAGACACGUACUGCUACUUGCUGGAGGCAGUCUGAAAGUUGGCAUGACAACAGAUGAAAUAGACUUUAUUGUACACCAGGAGACAAUCAGGCACAAUGCUUACCCCUCCCCUCUUGGAUAUGGAGGUUUUCCUAAGUCAGUCUGUACGUCUGUGAACAACGUGGUGUGUCAUGGCAUACCUGACAGCCGCAAACUUGAAGACGGUGACAUUAUCAACGUCGACGUCACAGUGUAUUUGGAUGGUUACCAUGGUGACACCUCAGAAACCUUCUUGAUUGGUCAGGUGGAUGAGGUCGGGCAGCGGCUGGUAGAGACGGCGAGGCGUUGCAGAGACGAGGCCGUCGCCGUAUGCAAACCAGGAGUGCAGCUCUGUGUUAUAGGAAAUACUAUCAGUGAAAUAUCCCAGUCCGAUGGCUUUCAAGUUUGUCCGUAUUUCAUUGGACAUGGAAUAGGCUCGUAUUUUCAUUGCCAUCCUGAGAUUUGGCACCACKCUAAUGAUAACGACAUAACCAUGGAUGAAGGGAUGUCUUUCACAAUAGAGCCUAUAGUGAUGGAGGGGUCUCCAGAGUUCAGAAUCCUUAAGGACAAAUGGACCGCGGUGUCGGUCGACRAUAAAAGGUCAGCUCAGUUUGAACACACGGUGCUCAUCACAUCCGACGGAGUGAAGAUUCUCACCAAACUACCAGAAGAAAACAAUCUGUGAYAGAAACGGACUGCUACCUCGAAUGGUACAUCAGUUGUGGGUCUAAGCUACUUUUUAUGAUUUUAAAAAAGAAAAACGGUUAUGCUCCCAGAUCUUAACGCUGAAUGGCAAAGACCAAGGUUUUCGAUCACUAAGCAACACAGACUUGUUCCGUSUGUUAUAUUGGAGCUCGAGUCUUACUGCUGAAGCUGAGCUGAUUAUGUAGUUGGGGUAUUUCAUUGUCUUACAAAUUACGUUUUUCUUAAGCUAAAUGCCAGUUWUCCCUCACAUAAACCUUUAAUGUUGUAAUGUUACUAUUUAAGUUACAUUAAAAAAAAAAUAAAAUAAUGUUCUUUUUUUUUUCUUUGAGUUUUACUCCCUUUGUGUGUUUAAGCUUGAAAUGUAUUUUUCUUGAAAUACUUGGCUCUGAACUCUUCCUAUCCAAAUUCAGAAGAUAAAUGCAGCCAGGAGGUGGCAGCACAAACUCAAGACUUUGCCAAUAAUGUUUCACGCCCUUUCAGUCUGUUAAAUAGAAGCAGCUCUACGCCCUUUCAGUCUGUUAAAUAGAAGCAGGUCUACACCCCAUUUGACCCUUUUGUAUUUGUUUCUCAUUGCAGGGGUGGGAAAAAGCCGUGUGUAAAUCUGAGUUUAAGCAAGCCUGCCUCUUGACACUGAAGUCUCUAUGUUGACAUUAAUCUAAAGCAGCUGUCAUCAGUUAUGCACCAUCCCCAAGUUGCAGAGCCUGAAACUAAUUGCUCAGAGGCUUGAUAAGCACUGCAAUGUAAUGUCUUGACUUUAUAUUUUAGUUAAAAUUAAAAAKGAAGGGGUUAAGUGUUU